AUGCACCCCAUAUCCUCAUCCACAACCCCCGACCAGCCGGCCUCGUCGGGGUCCUCUGAAGCGGCCGACCAGGAUCCGUAUGCGCAGCAGAUGUACGCCGGCCCGACCUUCUCGACCAGCGUCUUUCGCUCCUCCUCCCCGAGUGCCGUCUCGCGCUCGCUGGGGGCAGACGUCCGCGACCAGAUCCACGUCUUUCGGGUAGCGCCUACGAGCAGCGGUAGCGCCAGCUCGACUCAGUCGUCGUUGAAGAGCAACGGAACUGGUAGUGGCGUGGUCAAUACCAAUAGUCCUGACACCCCAACUUCGUCGCGUUCGCCCGGUGUGCGACGAACCAUACAAGCCUGCGAGCGCUGUCAUCGCCGCCGGACAAAAUGUGAUGGUAAAUACCCAGAGUGCUCUGCCUGUGUAAAAGCAUCGGUGCGCUGCCAAUACGCUUCGAAUCGCUCGGGCGCCGUGCUAUUUCCCCGAGGCUACGUUUCUGCUCUCGAAGAGCGUCUUUCUUGGCUUGAACAGGCUAUCUCUAAAAGCUUCCCAGACAUGGACAUCACCGAGGUGGCCACAAACACACCUCUGCAAUUCAGUACCCGACGAACGCAUCCGCAGGACGAUAGUUUCUCACAAACACAGCAGCAGCAGUCAACCAGCACCAGCGGCGGGCAACCAAUACGGACGUCUCCCCCGAUAGAAGAGUACCGCGUCGGUCCUGCGCAUUACUACUACGAGGCCUUCCGGAACCCGAUGGAGACUAUGGACGAGCUCGCUGCGCAUGUCGGGUUUUUGUCGCUCGGCACCGCUGCCGAGCACAGCUCGACGGCGAUAGACGCGCCAGCAGAGCCAAGGUACAUCGGACCAUCGUCUGGUCUUGCUAUCGCAACUAAUCUGAACCUGAUCCUCCGGGAAUUUGGCAUCGACCGGCCGUCGACUCCUACCGCGGCCGAACUACGAGGAAGCUAUAUGAAGUCGCCUACCGACGACGCCAGCACAGACUUUGUUGCUAGUCCAGGGACAGGUGCGUCCAGUGGUCUUACAUUACCGGAGAACCAUCCAACGACGACGGUGCCGAUACAUUCGUCGCCACUGGCGCCCACGCCGCCUUUCAAACCUACGAGCACCAUGCCGCCGAAGAUCAAGACCGAAGAAAACGCAAACAAACCUCAUGAUGCGGUCCUACGUACUGUCAUCAACGAUGACUUUUAUCCUUCUUUCGAGGAAGCAAUGACGCUAUCUGUCGCCGCGUUUGAAGAGCUGAUACACUUCCCCAUCCUGACUCCCCCAACUUACCUGAUCUAUCUCCGGAACUCGUAUGAGCCUAAUGUCAUGGGCGCUUCGGUCAGAUCUCUUCCCUCAUGGCGGAUGGUCUGCUUUCUAACUUGCGCGAUUGGCGCAGCAGCACUUGGCCAGCGCGACAAGCAGCGGUUAUACUUCAACCACGCGGUUCGAUGUGUGGAUUUUGGACUGUUCCGCGACAAUAUCCGCUCCAUACGUACAUUGCUUCUGUUCACAGUUUACUCAUUCUAUGAUCCUAAGGGUUCAUCUUCGUGGCUUUGUCUUGGCAAUGCGAUGCGCAUGGCCGUUGCACUUGGUCUCCAUCGUCAGUCAUCGUGCGACAACCUUAACUUGAUCAACCAGGAGAUCCGAAAGCGCGUUUUCUGGGUCGCAUAUUCCCUCGACCGUAUUUUGGCAACCGUGCUCGGCCGUCCGUUGACGCUGCAGGAUCGCGACAUUGACGUGCAGUUUUUCCUCGAUCUGGCUCAGGACCCCAGUCCUGAAGCCGACAGCAGCGACGAACCUGUGCUGUCCGAUAUGCCGAUUGCGCUGCAUCUAGUCAAGCUUCGCCUGCUGACAGGCAAGAUCCUGAUCGCGAUCGACACACCCAAGAACAGCUCGGAAGACAGCGCCGCGCCCGCGACAGGCGGCGGCGACAUGUCGGUUCUCGACCAACUGCACCAGGCGCUGGACGACUGGAAGGCCGCGAUCCCGCGGAUCACAAUCAACCCCGAGCGCACGCGGAUGAGGCUCGAGAUUGAGCAUUACGAGCACCUGAUGCUGCUCUACCGCUCCUCGCCCGCGUUUCCAGUGCCGUCGCCGUCGGCGGCGGUUGUAUGCGCAAACAGCGCGUACGCGACGAUCGAGCUCUACGCGCAUCUCAGCCGCUCGUUCUCGCACUUCCAGGCGACGUUCAUUGCUCUCCGGGGUGUAUUCACGGCCGCGUUGACGCUGCUCUGGGCGCACUUUGCCUGCGAACGGUACAACAUCCGGCUGUACUCGACUCGUGCGGUGAUGAGCGCGCUCGAGACGGCGAAGGCAAAUUUGCUGGCUGGAGCGCUGCAGUGGGCUUUUGGAUCGCAGUGCGCGGAGGUUUUGGAUAGAUUUUCGGCGAUUUUGAAUCAUAUAGAGAGACAGAGCGAGCAGCAGGAAAGCACAAAUCAGCAGAUUCCGCAGGCUGGAGAAGAGGUCGAGCAACUGAUGCGGAAUAUACCCUUUGACGUCAACAGUUUUUCGGGUCUGUACUUCAUGAGCAGUACGCGCACGACUGCAUCCGGUCACCCCCCGGAUCUAUAUUCAAACAUGCCGGCCGGACCACAGCAAAAGGAGCAACAACCUCCAUCCGUCUAUUCUGGAAUUCCACAACAAGGAAUUUCCAACCAACCUCAACCGCAGCCGCAGCCACAGCCACCGACCGGCCACGCGCCAGGCGCAGGCGGUCUCGACAACUUGCAACCAGCCGUGCAUGAGAUGGAUAUCACGCAUGCGGUCCGGCGCGAGUUUGAGAGUUACAACGCACGGCUGAUCAACGAGGUGUUUGGAGCGCAGGGCGCGGGAACGAGAGAGAUGUCGAGCGAGGCGAUGUACGAUCCAGGGAUGCCGCAGUACGUGCCUAUGCCGUUGGCGUUGGUACCAGAGUAUUUGAGCAUCGAUAUGAGUUCUGGGGAUUUACAACAGCAGCAGCAACAACCGCCACAACAACAGCAGCAGCAGCAGCAGCAACAUCAUCAACAACAACAUCAUCAUCAACAACAACAACAACAGCAUCAACAACAACAACAGCAACAGUCUCUACAAAGGAUGUACGCUUUUGACAGCUAUAUGGACUUAGUGUAG